CGUGCCUCCCUGCCGUCCGCCCGCAGUGCGCGCUACGCGAUAUCACUGGUCGGUCAUGUGUGCGUCACUAUUCUCACGUUCACACAACAUUGGUACCGUUCGGAGGAGUCGAGUCGUCGUCGUCGUCGUCGUCGUCGUCGUCGUCUCCGUCGUCGUUGUCGUUGUCGUUGUCGUUGUCGUUGUUGUCGUCGUCGUCGUCGUCGUCGUUGUCGUUGUCGUUGUCGUUGUCGUUACCACCGUCAUUGAAGUAGCGUGUGCCCAGUAUACAAAACGGUGCGCGCCCGGAAGUUCAAAGUGUUCCUUCUUAUCCUCCUCGUCUUAUUAUUCUUCGUCUUCGUCUUCUUCUUCUUCUUCUUCGUCGUCGUCCUCGUCCUCGUCGUCUUUGACGUCGUUGACGUCGUUGACGUAGUGUUGGACAGUGCUGUGAAUAAGAGGAAAGAGAUACGGGGAAGGUGCGAAACGGAGGAGUUCAGAAGAAAGGAAGGAAGGAAGGAAGGAAGGAAGGAAGGACAGUUGAUCACAGGCUACGGGAAAGUAACUGGAUUUAUUCUCGCCUCAUGGUAACGGCCUUCGUUUCAAUACGAGUGAUAUCUUAUAUUGAAAGGGGAAAGAAGAGGGAAAGAAAGAUCGAAGAAAAUUAAUAGGACGAAGGAAACGAAGAAUAAUCGGUGAAAAAAGAAAGAAGACAGAAGAAAUUAACGAAGGAAGAAGAAAACUGAACGAAGAAGAUAUAAUAUUUAGUUUUGUGCAAGGUGAAAUAUUAUUUUCUUGCAAGUAGCAAGAGAGUAAGUAAGAAGUGUGAGAAGAAAUAGGUGAUAUAUCGCGAGUGUUGUUUUCUUUUUUUUCUCUUUCUCUCUUUCUCCCUCUUUCUUUCUAUCUAUCUAUCUAUCUAUCUAUCUAUCUAUCUAUCUAUCCAUCUAUCCAUCUAUCCAUCUAUCCAUCUAUCUCUUUCUCUUCGUCCAAACAAAAAUACGUGAAAGUACGUGAGAAUACGUGAUAAUACAGUGCGCUCUAAGGAUUCCGAGAGAAGACAGAGAGAAAGAGAGAGAGAAAAGGAAGAAAAACGGAAAAGAUUAAAAAUUAACGAUUAUAUAAUAAUUAACGAACGAAUAAAUCAAUCGAUGAAUAAAUAACAAGCAAAAAGAAUAGCAAGUUGGAUUUAAAGAAAAGAACAGUGAAUAAACCAACGCGACAAUCAAAAAUAUUAUAAUAACCAACAACAACAACAACAAACAACAACAGCGAACAAAAGUCAACAACAACAACAAUAACAACAAUAACCAUAAUAACCAUAAUAACAAAAGCGAGAGAACGACGAAAUAAAUAAAUAAAUAAAUAAAUAAGUGAGGGUGGCCGUGGAUCCGAAGUCGCGGAUUCGGCGAAACGCGCGCGAGCGAGCGUUUACCGAUCGUCGUAAUAUGGCGUACAAGUUUCGCGAGGAGAUCGUGGGAAAGAGGUUCCUCUCGGUGAGUGGUUUCACCAAGCUGAAGGUGAAUAAGAUCAUUGAGUGGGGUUGGCGCGCGGGGGUGAUACGUGCAGCCAGUCACAGGGAUAACGACUGUCACGAUCUUCAGAUCCUUGUGGAGUACGACGACGUUGAGUGGCAAAGGCGAGAGUGGUUAUCCCCGCAUAGGGAUGCCGUGUUCUCCUUUUUUCUCGUUGAAAAAGGGCUCUAUUGGGCUGAACGUGCAGAUCCCAGACACGCGAGUCUCGUACCUAUCGAUCAUCACAAUAACGCUAACAAUAAUCAUCAUCAUAAUCAUCAUCAUCAUCAUCACCAUCAUCGUAUCAACGGCAAACCGCUCAGAGGUUCAACCGCUACUGCCAACACAGUUGCUUGGCCCGCUCUUACUUUUUAUCCUCUCGUGGCACGCGCCGAACUUCCGGAAGACGCAAUGCCGAUAGAAUUCAUGCAAGAUCGAAGAUUGGACUUCGUCGAUUACGCCAAAUUGAAACCGUUCACCCAGGAAUGGGAGUUAACUAAGGGUAGCUUGCCCUGGGUCGGUGCGGUUCGAAGAUGGGCAGAGAUGCAGGAUGGUCAGAGAAUCCUGUUAACGACACCAAGCGUCCUUGUUGGUUUCCGUGUCGAAGUUUAUCGUGCAGAAGGUACGACACAAUGGUACACGGCUGUUAUAGUUGGAUACAACGAAUCUACCAAGGAUUUGACCGUAACCGACGACACAGUUCUUGAAGAUCACAAUGAAGAUCCAAGUUUGGUACAGAUGCGUUUAAUCGGUGACGGAGUCGUGGAGAGUAUCAUGAGGGGCGAGGUCGUCGGAAUGACACCAAGGAGGUCGAGGUCAUCGACUGCUCUGACGCACGCACUGGUCGUGCCCAGACCAGGAAGGAGAUCACGAGGACGUCCUGGUAACAACACGUCACAAUUGCAACCAACGCCCAGAGUGCAAAGCCCAAUUACUCAGCAUCUAGAAAAAGGAGAAGAAAAACAUGGCGUAGAAAAUAAAAGUAAGAAAAUUAUUCAGAAUGAUUCACCGAGCAAACUUUCGAGCGAGACGGACAAACGGCAGACGUCUCAUAAGAGUACCUCGCGUAACUACAAUCGUAGAAGACGAAUCAGCGAAGGUGCGAGUCGCGAGAAAACAGACAAGGACAGCGAACCGGUUUUAUCGUCUAGCAGACAACAAGAGGAUCGGGAGAACAAGGGCCCGUCGACCGGUAGAUUCGGUGGUAAUCGAAUAUCGCGUUCAACGUUAGAGGAGUCUAACAGUGGUACCGGCGGUGGGGCUACCGCCACGAAAUUACGUAAACGUGCCGUUACACUACGUAAUUUGUUGGAGAGCGUGACGAAGAGAACUGUGCGAAGGAAAUUAAGACCUUGCGUACAGAAAACUAAAAGGGAUUCCGAGGAGCUCGAUCGCCGGCGGACCGUUUUAAGAUCCACCGAGAGUAGCAAAGAGGAGGAGGAGGAGGAGGAGGAGGAGGAAGAGGAAGAGGAGGAGGAGGAGGAACGUUUAGGAGGAGGUGUUGGUGGAAGUAAAUCGGAGGAGGAAGAGGACGAGGAGGACGAAGAGGAGGAGGAGGAGGAGGAGGAGGAGGAAGAGCAGCACCAGCAGCAACAGCAACAGCAGCAGCAACAGCAACAGCAACAGCAACGACGGGAGGAAAGAGAAGGAGAGGAGGUGCGAGAGAGAGAAACCGAACGUACGGAAGAAGAAGGGAAGGAAGCUCGGGAGAAACGCGAACACAACGAUCCUCUUUCGAAGAGACUCAAGACAAGUCCGGUCGGUCGAAAGCUAAGAUCCGAUCGCAAGUCGAAGAACUCGGAGGAAUCCUCGUUGGAUCGCGAGUUGGACCUAGAGGAUACCAAGGAGGAAGGGAGAAGGGGGGAUCGGGACGGUGCGAAAAGGCGGCUCGACAAGUCCGAAGAGGACGAGGAGAGUCAGUCGAGGGAACGAGAUCAGGAACCGGAGCCCCCACCUCCUGAGAGACUCGAUCCUGGGGGUAAGCCUCCGCAAAAUCCCGACACGUUAGAUCGGGAGAAGAAGUUUCCGGCUGAGUCGGUUCUCGUGAAUGGCUCUCUCGUUGAUUCGGAACUCGAGAGGAAGAAGAAGGAGGAGGUCGUCGUCGAUGUCGUCGAGAGUGGGUCGUUAAAGUUGUCGCCGAGAUCGUCCAGGUCGACGUCUCCGCGACGAUCGAAGGCUGUGGCGAGUUUCGAGGAGGGGGCGGGGGAGGAGGAGGAGGACGGGGAGGACGAGGGGGGGGAGGAGGAGGAGGCCGAGGCCAAGGAGGAGGAGGAAUCCGAUAGGAAGGACGGCGAGGAAAGACGGAAAAACGAUCGCAAAAACGAGAGGAAAGAGGAGGAGGAGGAGGAGGGCAAGGGCGAGGAUCGUGGCGCGUACCGAUCCCCUCGAAGAACCGUGCCGAACAACGCCGAGCUAGGCACGGAAGAUAGCGUGGGUAGCGCGAGCGUCGGGUCGGUCGUCGAGCUGCUGGAGUCGAGUAGUCAGGACUCAGGCUCCGUGCUGGAGAGGCUGAGUCCACUUAGCAGCGGUGGCGGCGGCGUUGGGAGGCAGAACAAUUUGCUCCUGGAACAGCAAAGGGAGCAAGAACGUAGUCGGCACAACGAGAGCCCUGUCAUUCUAGCCGAAAAACUAAACAAGCCUCCACCGCCGGUCGCCGGCCAUCAUCAUCAUCACCACCACCACCACCAGCAGCAGCAACAGUCGCAGCAACAGCAACAGCAACCGCAACAGCAGCAACAACAUCACCACCAACAGCAGCAGCAACAGCAGGCUCAACAGCAACAUCAGCAGCAACAGCAACACCACCAUCAUCAUCACCAUCAGCAACAACAGCAGCAUCAACAGCAACACCUCCAGCACCAGCAGGGACAACAGCAACAGCAGGCAGCUCACCAACAGCAACAACAAUCCUAUCAUCAUCAUCCGGCGUACCAUCAUCAGCAACGAUACUCGGCGGAUAGUCCGGUAAUCCAUCAUCAUCUCCAUCACCAACAUCAACAACAACAACAACAACAGCAACAAUCGGGAGCGAGCCAACAUCGGCAACAGUUAGCCAGCAGUCCGCAACAGCUUCACCAGCAUCAUCAUCAUUUGAGCUCGGUGAGCUUACUCGAGGUGCAACAACAGUCUCACGGAACGAGAGGCGGCGAUGAGUCCGGCCUCAUGGAGGUGGAGACCGGGGCCGGUAUACAUGGAACUGGCGUCCUCGGUGGUGCGAUCGGCGUUAGGGGUGCAGUCGGUGUCGUCGGUGGUAGUGGUGGUGUUGCUGCUGUUGGUGGUGGUGGUGGUGGUGGUGGUGCGGGGGCAAGUGGUGCUGCCGGUGCAGCAUAUGGGGACAGCGGCUCCGACAGCGGGGUAAGUUCCCUGAGGAGCGCUGGCUCGGGCGACGAGAGAAGCGGGAGCAGGAGUUCGGCGCUUAGCGUCGAAGAGACGACGAGCUCUUCGACGCCUAACGCGGCGGCGACCCCGGCCAGAGUCUGGCACGUUCAGAGCGUACAACACACUUCUCUACUGAUGGCCCAUCCUCAGGCUCCACCAAACGCCGGUACCAGCGGUUCGGCAGCUGCGGCAGCGGCGGCGGCCGCUGCUGCCGCUGCUACGGCGCCACCGGUCGCUUAUCAAAAUCCGACGCCACCUGGACACCAUCAUCCCGCCGUCGCUACGGAAAUGCUUUGGAGACCACCGAGAUAUCCUCCGUUGUCCCACGCACUUCUUGGACCCGCUCAGCCAACUCCCGAGGAACUUCUCGAGAGGGAUCGUCACGAGAGGAUGCUUCGGGAACGUCGCGAAGCGGAAGUUCGUGAGUUAGAGAAACGCGAACGCGAGGCGAAGAUGGAACGAGAGAGGCUGGAGAAGCAAAGGGCUGCCGAACAAGCGGUUCACAAGCAUUUCGAGGAGUCCCUUAGGUUGGCACAGCAAAAGGUGUCUUAUAUUCCGCAGAGAAACUUGCAGUCGGCCUCGAUGGCGUGGAACACUUUUAUACCUCUCCCACCGCACGGAAGUAGAAGCCACGGCGGUCCGCAUUCGGGAAUGACGGCUCACGCUGGUCACCAUCAUCCUGGUGGUCCCGGUGCGACUGCGGCGCAUCCGGUAACGGUGGCGCAACAGCAACAACGUGAACGCGAGGAACGCGAAGCGAGGGAACGAGAACGGGAUGCGAGGGAGAGGGAACGGGAAAGGGAACACCUGGUAGUCGCCGAGAGAUUGCAUAGGCAAGCCGAGGCUAGAGAUCACGUGGCUGCUCAACAAAGGGCGGCUUAUUACGCUGCCACAGCACCACCGGCUCAACAGGUGUCCCGACCAUCGAGCGUACCUGGAAAAGUCGAGUACCCACCACCACCGGCACAUUCUAGGACGUCGAAGUCGUCGUUGCCGGUCGGUAGUCUUCACGAAAAAGCACCGUCAGUGGUGGGUCCGUCGCACAGUUCGCUUCCAAAGGCUGAGCCUAACGUAAGUCUCUUCAGUUACUCCACGUACCAGCCGCAGCCGUCGUAUAUGCAUGAUAUCAAGGUAAAGAGCGAGCAGCUCGGACAAUCGGCGCACAAAACGUUACCGAGCAAAAGUGGCUUGGCCGGAGGACUCGAAAGGGAUCACCACGGUAGGGAGGUACUGCAAAACCCACCUUCCUUGCUGUCCGAUCACAAGAGUUCCGUUAUCGUGAAGAACGAGGGCAGAGAGUUACCGAAGGGUCCACCACCGCAACAGCACUCGCCGAGUCCGAAAAUGAUGCCGUACAUGAACGUUCAGCCGGUAACACCGCAGCACAAGCAGGCUACUUACGAGUACAGGAGUCCAACGCAAAGUCCUCAUCACCUUCAUCACCUCGACGGUUUACAAGGGGCAAAGAGCAUACCGCAAAGCCACCACAGAAGCGGGAGUAGCGGCGGAGGUUCUACGACGACCUCGCAGCUACCACCGAGCUCUCACGGUCAUCCACCGCCGCACUCGCACAACCGACAGUCACCUCACGCUCAACAUCCUCAUCAACCGCCGCAUCCAUCCCCGCCAGAGCCGCGUUAUCUCAGCAGGUCCGAGCCUGGCGGUCUACCGUACGCCGCGUCGAAAUCAUCCUAUCCUUAUCCGCAUCCGCACCCACCGACGGCUUCGCCGACUUCGCAUUACGCCGCUCCCCCGGCCGUUUCGAAACCAAAAGUCAGCAGUCCGGCGCCACCGCAUAUAUACGGCAAGCCGAACUCCGGUAUAAUGACCGGUACGCCGGUUUGCAGGGCUUCGGAGCCCGCAGUCGCGGCACCGAUACCUUUAACGUCGAAGGCCGGUAGCUCGCCUUACCAGCAAGUGCCUCAUCACCAUGGAGCGCCGCCACCUCCUUUACCACCGCCGGCUCACAGUAGCAGAUCCGUCUACGACAACAGGGCUUUCGCUGGUUCGAUGCCGGCCGCGAAACUCCCACCUCCGCCUCUUCACGGAUCACCACCUACGGCUGCUUCGGCGCCGCUUUCGAGGCCAAUAGUUCAUCCCGCUCAUCACGGUAGCAGUCCCCAUCAACAGCCCGGUCAAACGUUGCAACACGCUCAACCACAGAUCGCUGCUUCGAACUUCCAAACUCAACCUCUCGAUCUUGGAGUGGAAAGAUCCGGUUCGCCUAAGAGAAAAGCCCCGACCCCGCUUUCCUGCGACAACGUCAGUGGUCAGCCGGUUUCCUUGGAGGUCUGUAAGAAACGACGAACGGAAGAGCCACAACCGUUGUCCCUUCAAUGCGUCGGCCCACCCGUUUUGUCUAGGGUGAGCGAACCUAGUCCUCUCAUUGCUUCGGCCGCAACUUCCAUCACGACCGUCGUCAAUACCGCGGCGUUGUUGUCUCAACCGAGCGACACCCAGUCUUCUCAAGAACGUACCGUUGCGGCUGAAAGUCCAGCUCCGAGAACAGCCAGCGGUGAUGGCUCGGUUCGGCCGGCCAGUACCGGCAGCGUUAGCUCUUUUAAUCCUACCAACGUCAGCGCGGCACCGAGUCCAGCACCUAUACCAAGUCCGGCGCCAUCGAUGGCACCCAGUCCAGCGCCGAGCGCUCCGGGUACACCUGCCAAAACUAAUCCUACCACGGUCGACGGCGAGAAGUCGGAAAGUCCGGCACCCAGACCACCCAGCAGUACCAGCUAUCCCGUUCACAAGCUGAAAAAGGCUUGGCUUCAAAGGCAUUCGGGCGAAGACGGCACGGAGGAUACCACAGGCAUGGUUGGAAGUGGUUCCUGCGUUACGUUACCUCUCAAUAUUUCUCAAGCACCGUCGCAGCCACUCAAUAACAAAGAACGCGAGCCAAGCUCGAACUCCGGUAGUACGACGACAACGACGACUUGUUUACCGAGCGCCGUUAAUUCCAUUUACAAUAUCGGUAGUAUGGCGGUGAACAGCAUCAACAAGAGCAAAGUCACUGCGAAAGGAAGUCGUAAGACAACGAACAAGGAACCUCUUAACGGUCACGCCACGGAUACGAAGAAUCUUCAAGAAGACUCGUCCAGCAGCGACCCUGAACGAAAGUCGCCGCCGAAAAGAAAACCACCCAAGGUAAAACGAAAGAAGGGGGCUGCACGGAGGCAACAAACUGCCGCGGAAGAUCAGCGGAGACACAAGGAAGAAAAACAAAGCGUAGGGGCUGGAGCAGGAAGUGAGUCUAGCAACGAAAGCGAAGCUGGAUCAGCUAGUGACACCAGUGAACAAUUGGGCUCUGUUCAACCUACUUCGAGAGUGCGACAUACCACGGCCAAUUCCAACAAUUCCUCGGGAAACGGAAAUAACAAAGACCUCAGGAAAAGAGGCAGAAAACCAAAGACUACUAAAGGUAAUGAUGCAGGAGGAGAAGAUCAGCAACCUCGUCAAAAAAAAGAACGUAGAGAUGAAAGCACAAGUGGGGGUAACAAUGGACCCGGAGGAAGUGGUGGAAGAGGAGAUCCCUUUCGAAGACCAGCUGUGUCACAAUUGAAGAAGACAGGUGAAAGCUGGUUGCAAGAUGACGUUUGUUUCUACGCUGCUCCAAAAUUAGCGAAGUGUCGUGAAUGCCGGCAUGCUCUGACUAACGGCCUUAAAAAUCUUCCUCAAAAUGUCUUCUGUAGAUUCUACGCAUUUCGUAGAUUACGAUAUACAAAAAAUGGACAAUUGGCUAUAGCGGGAUUUAGUGAUCCGCAUAAAGAUACUUCUGAGGAAGAUCUACGCCUAUGGUUGCCGGGAAAAGAUAUUCAGGACUUGGGCAAUAAAGAUGAAAAAUCUGAAAAGAACAAUGAAAAAGAUAAAGCGGAAAAAGUGAUCAAGGGAGAUCUAGAUUUAGAGACAGCACAUAGACUUCUUCGACAAGUUGGAGAUCAAUUUUGUGAUCUUUUGCACCAAGAGAAGGAUGCGCUUCAAGAACACAUGGCAGAAGUGAGUUCGGGAAUUACAGACGGAACGGUAGCAUGGAAACGAGUCCUUCCAGGUGUACGAGAGUUGUGUGAUGUAUGCGAAACGACACUUUUCAAUUACCAUUGGGCUUGUAGAAAAUGUGGUUUUGUCGUAUGCAUCGAUUGUUACAAGGGACGUAAAAAUGGAACGAUUAAGAUCUGGGGUGAAAGUGGCAAAGACAGAGAUGACUUUUCAUGGUUAUUAUGUACAAACAGACAAGCUCACGAGCCCGAACGACUUAUGCUCACACAAAUUAUAGCCGGUGAUAGUCUCUUGCGACUUGGGCAACGUCUUCAUGAUUGUCGAUCGGAAUGGGGAAUUCCUCAGCAUUGUGGUUGUUCGUUUGUUUCACCAGGUCAGCCAAACGAGAGUUUAAGGAAUUUAAUAAAGGGCGAGACAGUUCCCGUUCUUAAUGGAGGUAUCAAGCAAGAAUCGAAAGAGGAGAAAAAGAUAAACGAGUCUAACGGAGCAUCGGAGAGCAAAGUGAACGGCGAGGAUAAGAAUUCUCCGUUGAAUUGGCUAGCGGACGUGGCGUUGCAGAAUCAGGAUAAAAACGAAAGUGGAUCGAGUUCUGAUUCCGACGAAGAUCGCGAGGGCAAUUAUUCAACCUUGAGAGAGUUAUUAAUUAGGCCAUCACACAAAUCGAAUGGUAAUGGGUCUAGAUCAAGUUCACCAACAAAUACCGCUGGCAAUACCAAUCCUGCUUCUGGUACUAACGCUCAAAACAAUAUCACCAAAUCUGGUAAAAAGUCGAAAAUGGAUACGCUCGAUGAAGUAAUAACUAGCGUGAUAGAACACACCGUAACGAAAGAAAGAGAAAGUGGAUUGGACGACGACGAGAAACCAAGAGAAUUGAAACAUUUUGUACGAAGAUACAAAUGGAUUCAGAGAGGCCGAGAACCAUUACCCAUCAGAAUAAUGACGUUGACGGAGAGCAAGAGUAUUUAUCCAGACGUACCACAUUCAUGGCUGUGCGAUGGUAAAUUGCUCAGGUUAAACGAUCCAAACAAUCCAAACAAUUAUAGAAUUUUCCAAGAUCAAUGGAAACGUGGACAGCCAGUGAUCGUCUCGGACGUGGCUAAAUCUCUGGACAUGGAUCUUUGGCAUCCGGAUUCCUUUGCGAGAGAUUUCGGAGACAAAAAAAAUGAUCUUAUAAAUUGCAUGACUGGAAACUUGGUGCCGAAUCAACCGAUGCGUAAAUUCUGGGAAGGAUUCGAACACUUUUCGAAACGACUGAAAGACGAGAGGGGAAAUCCUAUGCUUUUGAAAUUGAAAGACUGGCCACCCGGCGAUGAUUUUGCGGAAUUGUUGUCAACACGUUUUGUAGAUUUAAUGAAAGCUCUGCCAUUGUCGGAGUAUACGCACCGACACGGUAGAUUGAAUUUAGCGAGCCAUUUACCCGAUUGUUUCGUGAGACCAGAUUUAGGUCCUAAAAUGUAUAACGCGUAUGGUUCGGCGCUUCAUCCGAACAAAGGUACCACAAACCUUCACUUGGACAUCUCUGAUGCGGUCAAUGUCAUGGUAUAUGUCGGCAUACCUAAAGAUACUGAUAACGACGAACAUGUCAAAGAGGCAUUAAGAGCUAUAGACGAAGCAGGCUGUGAUAUUCUGACGCGUCGUCGUGUUCGCGAACGUGGCGAGGCACCAGGAGCAUUGUGGCAUAUUUAUGCAGCUCGCGAUGCAGAUAAAAUUCGUGACUUAUUAAAUGCCGUUGCAUUAGAACGUGGCGCACGUUUAGAGCCUCAUCACGAUCCGAUACACGAUCAGAGCUAUUAUCUAGAUGGGCCUCUGCGAGAACGAUUAUAUCGCGAAUAUGGUGUCGAGGGAUACUCUAUCGUGCAAUGCCUUGGAGACGCCGUUUUCGUCCCAGCAGGUGCACCGCAUCAGGUCCGAAAUCUUCACAACUGUAUCAAAGUCGCCGAGGACUUUGUAUCUCCGGAAAACGUUUCGCAUUGUUUCCAUCUAACGCAAGAAUUCCGCGAAUUAUCGGAUUCCCAUACAAAUCACGAGGAUAAACUACAAAUUAAAAACAUUAUCUAUCAUGCCGUUAAAGAUUCCUUGACCGUAUUAGCAAAUGCCAAGGAAGAGACCCUUGCCAAAUUAAAAACCGGUAACGAGACGAAAAUUAAAGAAGAAACGUAGCCAUAGGCCCCUCACUGUGAUCGUAAGAUCCAAGAAUCAUUGCAUUGAAUAUAAAUCAUUCGCGUUUCGUCGCGAGAAAGUUCUGUUUGCUUCGAGUUUUAGAAGCUUUUAGAGAGAAUGAGAGAGAGAGAGAGAGAGAGAGAGAGAGAGAGAGAGAGUUUUUAAAAAUGUGAAGCACAUUUUAAAAAGGGUGAGAGAGAGAGAGAGAGAGAGAGAGAGAAGGUUAUCGAGAGUAAUGCACUUUGAGGAGAUAGACAUCGUGGGUGGUGUAAGAAUUUGUUGUGAUAUUUGACGAGUAAACUCGCGUUUAAUUUUCUAUAUAACAUUGGCUGAGCCAAUCGAGGUUAUUCGUUAUUUCGUUUGACUUCCGUUUCCUUUUUCUUGUUUAUCUUUCUUCUUUUUUCCCUUAUUUUUUAUUAUUAUUAUUAUUUUUUUUUAAUCCCUCCUACCCGUUUCCCUUUUUCCUUCUCGAAAAACGUUAUCGAUGGAUAUGAAGUCCUUAAGUUUUUCAUUGAAUUUUAUAUGGAUCGGUCAAGACGAAUGCCCGUGUCCUCUUUACGAUUGUGAUACCAACAGGACUUUGGAUCAUACGUUAUUUGUAAUUAAUUAUAUCGUGCCUGUAUUCAAUACACACUGUCUAUGUCACAUAUAUAAAUGUAGAUAAUCGGUUAUCGUAUUAUAAGAUCCUAACUAGAAUCUGUGAGAGAAUUUGUCUAGACUUUAGAAAUGAUUGCUGUUGCUGCUAUUGCUGUUGCUGAUGAUAAUGAAGACUAUAAUAAUUAUGAUGAUAAUGAUAAUGAUGAUGAUGAUGAUGAUGAUGAUGCUAAUGAUGAUGAUUAUGAUGAUGUUGAUGAUUAUGAUGAUGCUAAUGAUGAUGAUGAUGAUGAUGAUGAUUAUGAUGAUGAUUAUGAUGAUGAUGCUAAUGAUGAUGAUGAUGAUGAUGAUUAUGAUGAUGAUGAUGAUGAUGAUGAUGAUGAUUAUGAUGCUGAUGAUUAUGAUGCUGAUGAUUAUGAUGCUGAUGAUGAUGAUGAUGAUGAUGAUGAUGAUGAUGAUGAUGAUGCUAAUGAUGAUAAUGAUGAUAAUUAUACAUACCUUUGUGCAAUUAGUUUGUCGAUUAAAUUGUUAGCUGGCUCGGUGAGAUUACUCUUGAGUUUCAUUAUCGUGUGCUCCCAUCAUAAUUCGGUGCUUUCGGUAGUGGAUGAUAUCUAUCUUAACUCAACGAGAUCAAUUGAUCAUAUUUUCUCGCUUCUCUAUAUUGUGCUCCAUAUAUAUAAAAAAAGUAUAUAUAUAUAUAUUAUAUAUAUAUACAUAUAUAUAUUAUAUAUAUAUGACGGGAACAUGAUAAUAAAAUACUGCCUAAUUGAUUCACUUUUAAUGCAUAUGUACCAUCGAUCGACAGAUUGCGUACAUCUGUGUGUUUAUUGUGCGGCCGACGUUACAUCGUGUUUGUACCUGUUUUCACAACUUGUGUCGACUAAUAUACACCUUACUUUAACGUGAAAGUAUGCCGAUUGGAGAAAAUACAAACUUUUGACAAUUAUUAUUCGCUUAUUCGAAUAUCAAAAAAAAAAAAAGGUAAUAAUAAACGACGGACAAGAGUAAAACGAUAAAAAUAUGUAGGAAUCGUAGAACCUCUUGUUGGAACAAUUACAUAUGUAUUGUACACCGAUAUGCAGUUUUUGCAAAAGUCAUUUCUUUGACUUGUGACCAUUAAAGUCAACAAAGGGAUAGAUGAAGCAAGAAAAGGAAAAAGGAGAGGAGAAAGAAGAAAAAAAAAAAAGAAACGAAUUGAAAUUGUUAUUUUUAUCAAUGUACUCUCAAGCCGUCUUAUUCAAUGAACGGAAAACAAAAACAAACAAACGAUAAUGUAAUUGAUAUCGUAAUAAUGCUAACGAUAAAAAAAAAAAGAACUAUGAUAACAUUAUUUAAAAUGAAAGAAAAGAAGAAUAUACAAGAAAAGAAGGAAAGAGAGAGAGAGAGAAAACAAUGUAAUAACUUUCAAAGUGCCAAUGUUGAACGAUGAUGUGGAGACAUCAAAUAAAUGUGUACGCGUUGUAUAUCUCGUAUGCGUAGGUAGCAAAGAAGAGGAAUAAAGGAGGAGAAAGAGAAGAAGAAGGAAGAGAAGAAGAAUGGAAAAAAAAGAAGUAGAAAAAAUAAAAAUAAAAAUAAAAAAUAACAAAUGGUUAGUUAAGAAAAAAAAAAAAAUCGCGCGCACCAGAUGACAGGGCAGAGUUCCUAUCACUGAAACAAUUUGCGUCAAACAAAUCACACAUCGCGCUAUUUACAGUGUUAUGUACUUGAACAAUUCUUUCCGUCUAAUCGUAAUGCGACGUAUAAUAACCGACUCUAUCUUGAAUUUCUCGAAAAAACAAGGCGUCAUUGUAUAUUUAUAAAUGUUUUUGAAACCUGCGACAAGCAAAAAAAAAUUUUUUGCGUCGCGAUUUAUUAAAAAAAAAAAGUAAUAAAAAAAAAAGUAAAAAAAAAAGAUAAGAAGAAAGAGAAAAGUUACGAUUUCUGGUAAAAGAGACAAUUCCUUUUUUUUUUUCUUUUUUUUUUUUUUAGAUCGUACUACGCUACUUGCGCUUUUAUCGAUCGAAAAAUAUCAAGGACGGUACGUUGGAAAAAGUAAAAGUGAAUAAAAAUAAUGAAGAAAAGUUAAAAAAAGAAAGAGAGAGAGAGAGAGAGAGAGAGAAAGAGAAAGAUAACCAGUGAAAUCCUGAAAUCCGCAAUUUCUUUGAUCUCAACAUUUGUCUAGCAUACAACGACUCGAUAAAAUAAUAUUUAAUGAAUAAAUCUUAAAUAUCGUAGUAUUACUAAGUGCGUUAAUCUUAUGGAGAUGAUAAGUAUCAAACAACAACAAAUUACCCUUUUAUCGACCCUUCGAAGGAACAUUGUAUAAAGUAACAAAAGACGUACUCUGUGUAUUAUUGCUGCAGGCAAAGCUAUUAUUAUUUUUAUUAUUAUUAUAAUUAAUUAUUAUUACUAUUAUGAUUACUAUUAAUAUUAUUAUUAUUAAUAUUAUUAAUAUUAUUAUUAUUUGUUCUCUUGCUACGUGUAAAUAUACAUUUAUACAUGCAUAUAUGUAUACAUAUACAUAUAUAAAUACGAAUGAAAACUUUAGAAUUAAGAGGAUACACACUCCACGAAACAGGAAAAAAAAAAUUACACUAUGUGCGUAUAGGUAGAUAGUCCAUUAUACCAUUUAUUAUUAUAAUUAUUACCAUUACUACGAUUAAAUAUUAUUAACGAAGAAUACGAUAUCUAAAUGUUGCUAAAUAUAUCGCGGCGGAGCACGGUUAUGAGAGAAAAAGAGCGAGCGAGAGAUACAUUAAGAUGAAAAAAAUAAAAGUCGAAAACUUGUAUGUGUCGCGAGUGCGCGAACCUUAGGGGAUACGUAUGUGCGCGUGUGUUUCCCAUGUAUGUGUGUGUAUGAUCAUGAGCGAAAAUUUAAGCCAGAGAAAGCACGAGAGUAAAACACAGGGGCCGUGUUUGGGGGCGGAAUGGAAUGGAUGAAUUUACAUGUACAGCUCUAAAAAAAAAAAAAAAAAAGAAAAAGGAAAAAAGAAGAAAAAAUAUCCUAAAAGUAAUCCACCCCCAGAGUCCCGUAUCACCCCACCACCGGCCGCCCCUCAGUCAUAGCAAGUUAUGAACCGCGGGCCGGCAGGUCUGAGUAUAAUUUUUUGUACUGUGUAAAUGUAAGAACAUACGUUUGAAUAAGAAAAAUGUUUAUAUUAUGAAA